ACUUCAUUUUCCUCAUCUUUCCCGAAAAUAAAUAUAUAACCCGGCCAAGUAUAUAAAAUAUCUACCAAACUACGAGUAUAUGCUUUUGUGUGUAUGUGUAUGAGAUGGGAAAUUGGCAUCCAAAGUUUGUUAACAAUUUCCCUAACACAACUAAAUUUUCAAUCACCAUUAAACCAAAAAAGAAACACACCAUAUCUAAACAACAACAACCACCCACCAUCACCGACCGCAGUCCUUCUACCACUUUUUAUGACGUAGUGUUGUCGAAAGGGCAAAUAGUAACACCAAAUUUGAAAAUAUUCACUUAUGCCGAGCUAAAAAGCGCAACCAAAAACUUUCGGCCAGCCUCUAUCCUAGGAGAAGGUGGUUUUGGACAAGUGUUUAAGGGGUGGCUUGACGGUGUCACAUAUGCUCCGUCUAAGGGUGGUGUUGGAAUUCCGGUUGCCGUUAAGAAAUCAGAUUCCGAUAGCUUUCAAGGUCUUAAAGAAUGGCAGGCAGAAGUGGAGUUCUUGGGAAAAUUUAGCCACCCAAAUCUAGUCAAACUUUUGGGAUAUUGUUGCGAAGAUAAUAAGUUCCUUCUUGUAUAUGAGUAUAUGGAAAAAGGAAGCUUAGAAAACCACCUUUUUAAAAGAGGUACAGAACCACUUUCAUGGGAGACAAGGAUAAAAAUCGCCACAGGAGCGGCUCAUGGACUUGCUUUCAUGCACACUACCGAAAGAAAAGUCAUUUAUAGAGAUUUUAAAUCCUCAAAUAUCUUAUUAGAUGGGGAUUUUAACGCAAAACUCUCAGACUUUGGGUUAGCAAAGUUAGGUCCCAUCAAUGGAGAGUCUCACGUCUCAACAAUCAUAGUAGGCACAUAUGGUUAUGCGGCUCCUGAGUAUAUGAUCACCGGUCACUUAUAUGUGAAGAGCGACGUUUAUGGUUUUGGGGUGGUGAUGCUAGAGAUGAUUACAGGCUUACGUGUACUUGAUCCUAGUCGGCCUUCCUCACAAAUUAAUCUAGUGGAUUGGGCUAGAAGUUCCUUGACUGAUAUUAAGAAACUACGUAGAAUCAUGGAUCCACGGUUAGAACAUGCGUAUCCAUCAAAAGCCGCUAUUAAAGUAGGGGAACUCAUCCAUAAUUGUGUUGAUCAGAAUCCCAAUCAUCGUCCUUCAAUGAAGAAAGUGGUGGCAGUUUUAGAAGAAAUCAGCGCGAUUAAAAUGAAUCAACUAAAUCCCAAUACGAGACACACGAUAGACCCUCGACCUAAACAUAGUUCAGGUGAUCAUUGUCAUGAGAAACAUCACCGGUCUCCUGUCUAUGGGAAGCAAAUGUGAGAAAAAGCUUGAGAUAUGAUGAUCAAUAUAUGGCCUGUAAUGCCAAUAAUUCAUUAUGUUACAAAAGUUGUGAUUAAGAAUUCAAUUACAUGUUAAAUAAUUUAGAAAAUGAUAUUAUAUUGGAUUGUAGGGUAAAGGUUACAUGAUACAUGCUUAUCUUUUUUCAUUGUUUGUAA